AUGACUACAAUUCCUCUCCAUUUUUCUACACAUGAACGCUCUCUCUCUCUCUCUCUCUAUCUAUCUAUCUAUCUAUUUCUUUCUAUCUAUCUAUCUAUUUCUUUCUAUCUCUCUUGCUGUCUAACAUAUUUUUCUUUAAGUGUUUAUGAAAUAUUUCUCACCCAUCUCGUUUUCGCUUUCUCUCUCUCUCUCUCUCUCUCUCUCUCUCUCUCUCUCUCUAUCUAUCUAUCUAUCUAUCUAUCUCUGUUUCUCUCUUCUCUAUUCUUUCUGUCAAUCCCUCUAUUAUCGCAUGCCAUUUCCCAUAAACUUUUCUCUCUUUUGUUUCUUUUUUAUUUACUUAUUAAUCUUAUGUCCAUCUCUCAAUCAAUGAAUCACUCAUUCAUCUAUCUAUCUAUCUAUCUAUCUAUCUAUCUAUCUAUCUAUCUAUCUUGUGGAGACUCAAUGUUCAUAUUCAUUUUUAAGGCUGCUUAA